AUGACGGAAAACGAAGGAAAGCGUGAGAAAAUGGAAAAACUGAAGAAAGGUAAAAGCAUGAUCGUCUUCACCGGAACUGCUGCAGUGCUCGCAAUCGCCUUAAACCUCGUUAUCACCGCCAUCAAACACCAUAAAGACAAAAAUUCAAAGAAGAAAGAUCUUGAAGGUUCUAAGGUGAAGGUUAAUCUAUCUGCAUCUGAGAUUGUUAAGUUAGCAAACCAAAUCAUUACUAAGUCAAAUGAGGUUCACAAUUCCGUUGCUUCAGUGCCUCUCGAUAAGGUUACAUAUGCAAAUGUUAUAUCACCUCUUGCUGAACUUCAAGCGCAACAGUUUCCGUUGAUUCAAUCUUGUUUGUUACCUAAGUUGGUAUCUAGCCAGGAGGAUGUGCGCAAAGCAAGUGCAGAAGCAGAGCAAAGAAUAGAUGCGCAUCUUGACACAUGCAGUAAACGUGAAGACAUAUAUCUUGUCGUUAAAGCAUUUGCAGUGAGGGGGGACUGGGUGAAUGCUGAAACCAAAAGCUUUGUUCAAAUUCUGGUGAGAGAUUUUGAGCGAAAUGGGUUGAACCUCAGUGCAAGCAAAAGAGAAGAGUUGAUGCGUCUAAGAGCUCAGAUUGAUGAGUUAAGCACUAUUUAUAUCCAAAAUCUCAAUGAUGCUAGCGCAUUUCUUCCCUUCAAUGAGGCGGAGCUAGCUGGAUUACCUCUAGAAUUUCUCAAGGGUUUAGAUAAAUCUGAAAAUGGACAGUUGAAGAUCUCCCUGAGAAGCCAUCACGUCACAGCUGUACUUGAAUUUUGCAAGGUAGGAACUACAAGACGGAUGGUAUCACGGGCGUAUGGAAAUCGAUGUGGAGAAGCUAAUCUUUCUAUUCUAGAAAGUCUGGUGCAACAGCGUCAUAAAUAUGCUCGUUUACUUGGCUAUUCAUGCUAUGCCGAGUAUGCCGUUGAUGUUAGAAUGGCAAAAACACCAACAAAGGUGUUUGAGUUUCUGAAUGACAUAUCCAUACGUAUAACUGACUUGGCUAUGAAAGAACUUGAUAUUUUGAAAGAUUUGAAGAAGAAAGAGGAAGGGGAGCUUCCAUUUGGAAUCGAAGACCUACUGUAUUAUGUAAAACGAGUUGAAGAGCAGAGUUACGAUUUGGACUUUGGCGAGAUCAAGCAAUACUUACCAAUUAGUUUAGUUCUAUCAGGAGUCUUCAAAAUUGUCCAAGAUCUUUUUGGUUUAAGGUUUGAAGAAAUUAUGGGAGCUGAAGUUUGGCAUUGUGAUGUUCGUGUAUUUUCAGUAUUUGACUUAAGUUCAAGUGAACUCUUGGGUUAUUGCUAUCUUGAUUUAUUCUCAAGGGAGGGAAAAUAUGGUCACAGUUGUGUGGUGCCUCUCCAGAACAGUGCAUUAACAAUCAGUGGGUCACGACAGAUUCCAGUUGCAUUACUAAUAUCUCAGUAUCAAAAGGAGUCUGACUGUAGUCCUGGAUUAUUGCGGUUUUCUGAAGUGGUCAAUCUUUUCCACGAGUUUGGUCACAUGGUUCAACACAUUUGCAACCGUGCUUCAUUUGCUAGAGUUUCUGGAAUACGCGUUGAUCCUGACUUCGUAGAAAUACCUGCUCAACUCUUACAAAACUGCUGUUAUGAAAGCUUUUUCCUGAAGUUGAUAUCUGGAUUUCACCAGGAUAUCACAAAGCCCUUAAAGGAUGACCUAUGCAAAUCAAUUAAAAGAUGGAGAAAUUCUUCUUCUGCACUUAAAUUGAAGCAAGAGAUUCUAUACUGUCUUUUUGAUCAAAUCAUACAUUCUGCGGAUAACAUAGAUAUUCGUGAGUUAUUCAAGCAUCUUCAUUCCAAGGUGAUGUUAGGGUUGCCGGUAUUAGAAGGAACCAAUCCUGCCUCCUGUUUUCCUUUUAGUGUCGUUGGUUAUGAGGCCGCAUGCUACAGUCGUAUAUGGAGUGAGGUUUUUGCUGCUGAUAUAUUUGCUUCAAUGUUUUGCAAUGGUGUUUCAAACCAGCUUCCCGGUAUGCAAUUCAGGAACAAGGUAUUGGCUCCAGGUGGAGGGAAGGAUUCUAUUGAAUUGAUAUCAGACUUUUUAGGAAGAAAACCCUCAAUUCAAGCUUACUUUGAGAACAAAACCAAAUACAGUACUUUGUAA